AUGACAUGCAACUGUGGAAUAACCGGCUACUUUGCGAAAGGUUUUUGCUCAGGCUAUAUCAUGUGUUAUAUCUGCCGAAAGAAUAUUGCUCAAGCCUAUUGCAAUCAUUGCAACAAAUGUCACGUAUGGGAAGCAGGAGCUGAAGAAGCGAUAGCGAAAAGCGCUGAAGAAAAAGCAAGGCGGCAGUAUUUGGAAGCUCAUCCAGAGCUGCAAUACGCCCAAGAUGAUCAACCAGAAGACGUCGAAAACUUUCAGGUUAACAUCCGGGAAAAGUUCAUUCGUACAAGAACUUUCGUCCUCCAAUGUCUUUUAAACCAACUUGUCUAGAAGGCCAUACAAAAAAAUUAAACCUAAUUCUUGCACCAAGCGAGCUUUUUGGAUUUUCGACAGUUCAAUGCCCAAGAUAUUUUUUCGAAUGGUUUCGCCUUCAUCAGUAUGCAUAUUUUAAGCAGGGAUGCUCUUAAGAUGAAACCAUGUUGGCAAUAAAAAGUGCGCUCUUGGACAUGAUGAGACCUGACUGUUUGCGGUUUGGCAG